CAACCUCUUCUUCCACCUGCAAUUUAGCUUUAACCCCCUCUUCUUCCACCUGUAAUUUAGCGUCAACCUAAAUUUUCUUCAAUGGAUUCCAAGUUCUCUUACGACAUGAACAUGGAGAUUCUUUCGAGAACAACACUAAAAACUCUUGAUACCAUGCGUUGUACCAACACAGAAUUUGAGAAACUCACAUAUGAAUCGUAUUUUCUCAAUUUGUACAAGCAAAGAAACAACAUUGUUUCUGGUUUCCUCGUACAAAACCUUAGAAAGGGGUGCAAAUACAUCAACGAGUUUGCACCAUCAUGUGAAUCCCACAGUCUUGAUCUUGGUUUUCUGCCACCCAACGCUAAAAUCCUAGCAUCUUCAGAGCAAGGAUUUAUUGUCUUCGAGAGUCCUCAUCCACGGGAUUAUAAGUUGGUUUCAUAUCAUGUUUGUAAACCUACAACUAAGGAGGUUUUGACAUUGCCAAAUCCCAAAACCAGGUAUUUAACCAAGAAUGUUGCCAUUCUUGUGGUGGGUUCAAAGCCAAUAUUGCACUACAAGAUCGUGAGAUUAUCUGAACCCAAGAAACCUGUCUUACGAGGACGUGAUAAGCUAUACACGACAUAUAAAUGUGAAAUCUUCGACUCAAUGACAUGGGAAUGGAGACUACUAGAUCUUGUAAUAUUGCCUUUUGGUGUCUUCCUAACUAACCAACAAGCGAUCACCACAAGGGGAUCAAUCUACAUGCCAUUGAGUAACAACGAUGUCUUGAAGUUUGAGGCAUAUUCUGAAAAGUGGACAACCUUUUCGUUGCCUAUUCAAACCCUCGAAUAUCCAUUUGGAACUACAAGCCAUCUCAUAAAGUUUGAAAGAAAGUUGGGGUUUGCUUACAGGACAACAAGUCAUCUUUGGGAGCUUUGGGUUCUUACUAACGACGAAUCAUGGGAGAGAGUUCAUGUUUUUGACACGAGAUCAGAAGAUAAUGGAAUAAGUUCACUAGAUGCAAUAUAUGAUUCAGACACAAGAGUUAUGAGAGAGUACGAGGCAAUUGCAUUUUACAGGUUUAAAGGCGGUGAUCAUAUCAAAAAGGUUUUAACGAGUCAUCAUCCUUAUCGGAUAUUCACCUUUCGAUCUGAUUUUGAGCCAAUCCAUUUGAGAGGUCAUAAGGAUGUUCAUAUGAGGAUGAAUUCAUUAUAUAACAAAUCAUAAUUUCUUAAGAAGAAGUUAAAUUUGGAUGUAGUAUUUUAGCAUUCAUAGAGUUCGAACAUAAAUAGAUUAGAAUUUGUUAAUCGAAUAUUUGUUUUAUUCAUUAUGUUUUCAUACUGAAUGAGUAAUUGUAAUUAGAUGUUUUUCUUCCGAUAUCAUUUUUAGCCAAUAUAUUUGAAAUGGUGGAUGAUGGGCUCAC